AUUAUCGGAUUAUAAAUAUAUAUAUAUAAAUUCCUAUAUACUCUUCUAUAACCAGACACAAUCUCUUCAUCUCUUCUGCACUUAUGCAGGAAAAUUUGCAGGGAACAUAAUAGAGGUUUGGAUACGUAAGAGGUGAAUUAGCCAACAAGUCCUUUGAAAUUUUAUUGGAGAGUAGUCUUUGAAUCAAGAAGCAGCUUUUUGUUACCAUGUCUGAUACUUCUAAAGAACGUUCUCUUGGGGAGACGCCGACAUGGGCUGUUGCUGUGGUCUGUCUUGUGAUGAUUGCUAUUUCAAUCUUCAUCGAGAAAGUGAUUCAUUUCAUAGAAAAGUGGUUCAAGAAGAUACACAAGCCAGCUCUUGUGGAAGCUCUUGAAAAGAUUAAAGAAGAGCUGAUGCUUAUGGGAUUUAUAUCUUUGCUGCUAACUGUACUACAAGGUCCUAUCUCCGGAAUCUGCGUUUCGGAGAGUAUUGCAUCCACCUGGCAUCCUUGCAACAAGAAGAAGGGAAACAGCAAGACAGAAACAGAUUCUAGUAAUAAUCGUCGAAGACUUUUUCAGUUCCUAGAUUCUGGAGCAAGUAAUAGACGUGUUUUAGCAGCAAAAUCUGGGGAUAAAUGCGCAGACGAGGGUAAAGUAACCUUAAUAUCAGCAUAUGGGAUUGACCAGCUCCACUAUUUCAUCUUUGUAUUAGCAGUUUUCCAUGUUCUCUACUGCAUAAUCACAUAUAUUUUGGGCAGAACCAAGAUGAGAAAAUGGAAGACUUGGGAGAACGAGACAAGGACAAUUGAGUACCAAUACCAUAAUGAUCCAGAGAGGUUUAGGUUUGCAAGGGAUACAUCAUUCGGAAAAAGACAUCUGAAGUUAUGGAGCCGUUCGACAGUUUUCGUUUGGAUUGUGUGUUUCUUUAGACAAUUCUUUGGAUCAGUCACCAAGGUUGAUUACCUGACACUCAGACAUGGAUUUAUCAUGGCACAUUUACCACCCGGAAGCGAAACAAGUUUUGACUUCCAGAAAUACAUUAACAGAUCACUUGAAGAUGACUUCAAAAGUGUGGUGGGGAUCAGUCCACUCAUAUGGUUCCUUGCCUGUUUGAUGAUGUUAACCAGCACAAAUGGUUGGUAUGCUUAUCUGUGGUUACCAUUCAUCCCCCUAGUUGUAAUUUUGGUAAUAGGGGCUAAGCUACAAGUGAUCAUAACUAAAAUGGGGCUAAGGAUUCAAGAGAGAGGAGAUGUAGUUAAGGGUGCUCCGGUGGUUCAACUGGGCGAUGACCUCUUCUGGUUCGGUCGCCCACGCCUCAUUCUCUUCCUUAUUCACUUGGUUCUCUUUCAGAAUGCAUUUCAGCUGGCUUUCUUCAUUUGGAGUGUGUGGAAAAUUGGACCUGACUCUUGUUACCAUGAUCGCAUAGAAGACAUUGUAAUCAAAGUCACAAUGGGGGUCAUCAUACAAGUUCUCUGCAGUUAUGUGACUCUGCCUCUGUAUGCUCUAGUGACACAGAUGGGUUCUAGCAUGAGGCCAACCAUCUUUAACGACCGAGUAGCGACAGCGCUCAAGAACUGGCACCAUACAGCCAAAAAACAUGCUAAACACAGCAAACAUUCUGAGUCUCAUACACCAAUGUCAAGCAGGACAGCAACUCCAACAUACGGCAUGUCGCCUGUCCAUCUCUUGCAUAACUACCGUAGCAGUACUGCUCCUGAUAGCUUGCAGAAUUCUCCAAGAAAUUAUAACUAUGACGCAGAUAAUUGGGACCCUGAAGCACUGAACACAAUGCAAAACCUGGAAUCUGAUGAUUCCUCUCAUGACAAUGAACAUCCUGAGGUUGAGGACCAAAUUCAAAGCAUUCAAGUUGAAGAGCCAAACUCAAAUUCAAUAUUGCAAUUGCCUCAAGGAACCCAACAUGAAACUGGUUCAAGGGAGUUUACAUUCAGGAAUUGAUGAAGCAUACUUGGAAUUAAGAUUAUUUUGCAGGCUAAAUCUUGUUUAUUGCAAGUGUACAUUACUUGUACAUGAGAAUACAAGGAGAGGAGAAUUCUGAUGGGUUUUACUCCAGCCGAGUAGUGCAACUACCAUAAGGUUAAGCCAGUGAUGGAGGCUGAAAUAAUUCAAGAUACCAGAUUUCUCGGAUUUCUUUUCUCUUGUUUUUAUGUAUUUUAAGGCAUCACAUUGUAUUUGUCUUAUUUUUAUUUUGAGAUCAAAGAUCUUGUAUUUAUACUGUAAAGUACUUCUUUUUCAAUAAUUUUUUUUUUUUCAAGAA